ACCGCUAAUACAGGAUAUUAUUUUUUGGUAUGCUGAUUUUUCAGGGUGAGCUGCAGCACCUCAGUAUCCCUACUCCCUGCUGCUAUGCCCCCCCCCUCCCCCAAUUUGGGACUCGUUACAUACCUGGACCAUCUAUUGAGAUGUGCCUUUUAAGUAAAUCGUGUUAAAUAAGGCGAAAAGGAGACACGAGUUGGUCUUCAAUACCAUUGAGUUAAACAUAGAUCUAUCCCCCAUCGUUUUCUAAAAUAUGCUAUGAUACCUCCCAUACGCUGGGUGGACGCAUUACGUUUCUUGUCCACAUGGAACCAGUGAUCACAGCCAAAGAUUAACCAAGUAUAUUUCCUGACCAAGUGCGGUAAAUCCUGAUCGCAGACCAGUGAAGGCUACUGAACCAUUACCCUGGUUAGUUUGGCUAAGGAAACCAAAACCGAUCCAGGAACAGCGCGUGCCUCAAAUUCGAGCCAACUUUCGGUGGAUGAAGCGUGAAACCGUGAACAUGUUUGACAGUGGGGAGGUGUGGGCAAUCCCACUGCACCAGCGUCCGGACCUGCUGGAGCCUUGCGCCGACUUGGUGAACAGCGAGUGGCAGCGGAGCCACGGUGCCCGGGUCCACGCCCUCCAGAAAUCCUGCCAGGAGUUCCCCGUAGCCCUGGUGCUGCUGCAGGGCUCUGGGAACAGGGACGGUGGGGACAGGGAGACCCUCCUGGGGCACGUCCGGCUGUCCCGCGUGGUGUCCCGCCCUGGGAGCCUCUUUGUGGAGUCGGUGGUGGUGUCCAAGGCCCAGAGGGGGAAGGGCUACGGUCGUACACUGAUGCAGGAGACGGAGCGCUACGCUAAGGCCCGAGGGUUCCGGAGGCUGUGUCUUACCACCCACGACAAACAACACUUCUAUGCCCACCUGGGCUACGUUCUAUCCAUGCCGGUACAGAAUGCUGGUGUCAUGGCCUCCUUCAUGCCCAUGGAGGUGCUGGAGAGGUUCUCCAAGCUCCCAGGGACAGACGACACCCAGGGUGAGGUACAGGGAGGCCCACCACCACCAUCACCACCCCAGAUCCCUCCUUCCUUUAUAGGGCCUGCUCCAUCUACUCCUCCACCUCUUCUCCUUCCUCCUUCUGCUCUAUCUCGUCAUCCAACUCCCUCUCCUCCCUCUGGUCUUCCACCUCCUCCCUCUAUUCCUCCUCCUCCUCCUCCUCCUCCUCCUCCUCCUCCUCAGUGUCCGGCCCGACUGGUGUUUCAGACUCUUGAGGAGACGCCCUACAGAGAUGCUAAAGGAGUUCCUAUCUUCUGGAUGCACAAGGACAUCUGAGUCUGAGGGCCUGGCUGACCACAGACCACGUCACCCAUGUCACUCAGCCUCACACACACACAUGCUCAGGACAUUGGGGAAAAGGACGCUGCCUUUGGCCUAUUUAGUACCACAGCCUGUAGGGUUUGACGAGGUUGACAGACUGAGAAGGAAGGAUAUUUUUGGGGUCUGGCUGGCUCUCCUUGAGUUCUUGACAGAGAUACUUGGUGCUGUAGACUGAGAUAACACUUGAACAAAGAAUACCAAAUGUUUGUUCUCAUGUGCCUUAAGUAAGUUGUUUUUUCUUGUCCUAAAAUAAAACAUUUCUUAAAUGAAUGGUUAACUUUACCUGAUCAAACUAAAUAAUUAUCACUGGGGCUAUAUUUUGGGCCUAAUGUUUCAAUCAUUUCAAUGUUGAAAUAAAGGACUGCGUACUAAA